AUGAAAAAGCCUGAUGAAGCUCGUAUUGAUUUGAACAAAUCACUUGAAUUAAGUAAAGGCAAGGGUAAUUGCGCUGCGCAAGUAUAUGUUCAACUUGCUUUGAUUCAUCGUUUAAAUGGAGAGGAGGAAUUUGCAAAGAUUGAAUUUGAAAAAGCUUCAGAAUUGGGAUCUAGCUUUGCCAAAAAACAAUUGGUAGCUAUGAAUCCAUAUGCAGCCAUGUGCAACAAAAUGCUAGGAGAAAUAAUGGUAAAAUUACGACAUGGAGAAGGAAAUGAUUAA